AUGUCUACUCGCCCUCAAAAUAUCGGCAUUAAGGCCAUUGAAAUUUACUUUCCAAGUCAGUGUGUUGCUCAAGAAGAACUCGAGAAAUUCGAUGGCGUUAGUGCAGGAAAAUAUACAAUUGGUCUUGGUCAAACUCAGAUGAGCUUCUGUGAUGAUAGAGAAGAUAUUUACUCUUUUGCCUUGACCGUUACCUCCCGCCUCCUCAGCAAGUACAACAUUGAUACAAACACCAUUGGACGUCUUGAAGUUGGUACAGAGACUCUUCUCGACAAAUCGAAAUCCGUAAAAUCGGUUCUUAUGCAAUUGUUUGGAGAAAACACGAAUAUUGAGGGAGUCGAUACUGUUAACGCAUGCUACGGUGGUACCAACGCUGUUUUCAACGCUGUCAACUGGGUUGAAUCCUCCGCAUGGGAUGGAAGAGACGCAAUUGUGGUUGCUGGAGAUAUUGCUUUGUAUGCAAAGGGUGCUGCGCGCCCAACUGGAGGUGCUGGAGCUGUUGCCAUGUUGAUUGGACCAAAUGCUCCAGUUGUUGUCGAGCCAGGUCUCCGUGGUACAUACAUGCAACACGCCUACGAUUUCUACAAGCCAGAUCUUACCAGCGAGUACCCAAUUGUCGAUGGCCAUUUCUCUCUCAAGUGUUAUACCGAAGCAGUUGAUGCCUGCUACAAGGCAUAUAACAAGCGGGAACAAACCCUUAAGCCUUUGGCCAAUGGACAUACCAAUGGUACAGUAUCGGAGGAUUCAUCAAAGUCACUUAUUGAUCGAUUCGAUUACAUGUCCUUCCACGCCCCUACCUGCAAACUCGUUUCCAAGUCAUACGCACGUAUGCUUUACAACGACUACCUUUCCAACCCAACCGCAUCGAUUUUUGCUGAUGUCCCAGCUGAGUUGAGAGAUAUGGAUUAUGCCAAGUCUUUGAGCGACAAAGUCGUUGAGAAGACUUUCAUGGGAUUGACCAAGAAACGUUUCAACGAACGUGUUCAAGCCAGUAUUCAGGUACCAACCAUGUGCGGAAACAUGUACACUGCCAGUGUCUAUGGUGGAUUAGUCAGUUUGUUGAGCAACGUUGACAGCGCUACUCUCCAAGGAAAGAGAAUUGGUGUUUUCAGUUACGGAAGUGGUUUGGCCGCAAGUUUGUUCUCAUUGAAGAUCAACGGAUCCACCGAGACCAUGGCAAAAGCUUUGAACUUACAGGAAAGGCUUGACGCCCGCCGAACUGUUGCCCCAGAAGUUUAUGAAAAGUUCUGCGCUCUCCGCAAACAAGCCCAUCUCCAAAAGUCAUAUACCCCACAGGGUAGCCCAGACACCAUCAUUGCAGAUACCUAUUAUCUCAAGAGCGUUGAUGACAUGUUCCGCCGAGAGUACGAGAUCAAGGCAUAA